AUUUGAUUGUGUGAAUUGAAUUGUUUGAUAGGAAAGAUGAACAUAAAAAAGGGUGAGAUUGAGAAGGUGAAUUGGAAGAAUUUGAGUUACAGUGAAUUUGUGGAGAGAUUCAUGCAAAAAAACAAACCUUUGUUGCUCAAUGGAUUCUCGGAACAUCACAAUUGGAGAGCUUCAGUUGAUUGGGUCACCCCUCUUGGCCACCCCAAUUUUCAAUUUUUCUCCACAAAUUUUGGGGAUUCCAAAGUUCAGGUUGCAGAUUGUGACAAAAGAGAGUUCACCGAUCAGAAAAGGGAGGAGAUGCUGGUUUCGGAGUUUAUAGGACGUUGCCUUCAAGAUGUUGAAGGUUCUGCAGUCCAAUGUAGCAAUAGUCACUCUGUACCGUAUUUGAAGGAUUGGCAUUUUGUAAAGGAGUAUCCAGAAUAUGUAGCUUAUAAAACUCCAAUGUUCUUUUGUGAUGAUUGGCUUAACCUGUAUCUUGACAACUACAGAAUGCAUACUGAUUCUGACAAAUACCAAGAAAAUAACGAAAUAUGUUGCUCUGACUAUCGUUUUGUAUACAUGGGAGUUAAAGGAUCUUGGACUCCUCUUCAUGCCGAUGUUUUCCGGUCAUAUAGCUGGUCGGCAAAUGUUUGCGGAAAAAAGAGAUGGCUUUUUCUAGAUCCUUCCCAACAUCAUCUUGUAUUUGACAGGUAUGAAUGCAUUUCUUUUGCCAAAUACAAACUAAUGAUGUUGUUUCAGAAGACAUUGAUCCCAAUGAGACAACGCUUGGUUGUUGUUUCAAAAUACUUUAUGAAUUGUUUU